AGCUCUGCUCUUUCUGCGGCUUCAAAUCAUUCCCGCAGUGGAUGGCCACGCGAUCGGUUCGGUCUUUGGUAUACAUCGUUGUAAGAUCACGGUUUCAGUGUCAAGUGAGAGUGCCAUGAAGCCUUAGAGGCGUCUAGAAAAGAAAAGAAGAAAAAAUUGAAAAAAACCCUAAUAAAAUAGAAUAGUUCCAAGAAAAAAUCAAAAUGAAUCCAAGCAACGAAGGAGGUCACACCAACAAUGGCUUCAGUGGUGGUUCCGAGGUAUCCUUGGACAUACCCACCAACACUCUGUACCACACUUCCAGGGACUGCAUCGUCCAAGAGGAUCAGAGUUCCAAGGAGAGCUGUCUGGAGUCCACACAAAGUUGCUGCUCGAAUCUCUGGUCUAAUAUUUUCCGCAAGAAGACCUUGUACAAGCGAUUCCCCAUUUUGGUCUGGUUGCCUCAGUACAAAAAGGAUUACAUUUUCGGAGAUAUAGUGGCGGGUAUCUCGGUGGCCCUCACAGUUAUUCCUCAGGCCUUGGCCUAUGCUGGAAUAGCAGGACUCGAUCUGCAAUAUGGCCUGUACGCCUGUUUCCUGGGAUGCUUCAUAUACAUUUUCAUCGGAUCCAGCAAGGAUGUGCCCAUUGGACCCACAGCUAUAUCUGCCCUUUUGUCCUUCCAAAUCGCUGGAGGCAGUUGGCAAAUGGCCACGUUGCUCACGUUCCUCACAGGACUCAUAGAGAUCCUGAUGGGCGUCUUUCGACUUGGUUUCCUAAUCGAUUUCGUCUCGGGUCCUGUUGGAGCUGGCUUCACGAGUGCCGUGUCCUUGAUCAUCUUCAGCUCACAGAUGAAGGACUUCUUGGGUAUCAAGACCAGUGGCAAUACCUUCCUGCAAGUAUGGAUCAGCAUUGUGAACGAUAUCCACAACAUCAGCUGGCCAGACUUUAUCCUGGGACUCAUCUGCAUCACCCUCCUGCUGAGUCUGAGGGCCUUGGCCAGUUUCAGCUUGGGUCCCAAGGAGGGCAAGUCCUCAUCCCAAAAAGUGUUUACUGGAAUUUUCUGGACCAUUGGCACCGCCCGAAAUGCUCUUCUGGUUUGUGGAACCGCAGGACUUGGAUACUGGUUGUCCUUGAGCGGAAGGGAGGAUCUCGUCAAGACAGUUGGCUUUGUGCCCAAGGGAAUGCCCUCGUUUCAACCACCACCCUUCCAUAUCGAUCCUGUUUUGAAUGAAACUACUGGCGAGAUCCUGGAGGAUGGCCAGAGCUUCUGGGAUAUGGUCAGCACCUUGGGAUCCGGAUUAAUUGUGGUUCCAUUAAUUGCUCUUCUGGAGACAAUGGCUGUCGUUCAAGCAUUUGCUGACGGCAAGCCGACGGACGCCACUCAGGAGCUGAUUGCCUCUGGAGUCUGUAAUGUGGCCAACUCCUUUGUCCAGGGCCUGCGCAGCAACGGAGGCGUGGCCAGGGGCGCUAUCCUCAAUGCCAGUGGCGUAAGGACUCAGUUGUCCAAUCUGUACACCAGUGUGAUCGUCAUCAUUGCCCUGCUCUACCUCACUCCCUGCUUCUACUAUAUUCCCAAAGCGGCACUCGCCUCGAUCAUUAUUGCAGCUGUGAUCUUCAUGAUCCAAUACCGUGUGAUCAAGCCCAUGUGGCACAGCAAAAAAACCGAUCUCAUUCCCGGUUUGGGAGCCUUUUUCGCCUGCUUGGUAUUGCCAUUGCAAUUGGGCAUCCUGGUGGGCAUUGGCAUUAAUGUGGUCUUUAUUCUAUAUCAGGCAGCCAGACCCAAGUUGCGGAUCGAAACUCUGGCGACAACAAGUGGUCUCAAGUACCUGAUGCUCACCCCAGAUCGUUGCCUGAUCUUCCCCUCAAUGGAGUUUGUGCGCAAGGUGAUCAAUAAACAGGGUGUGAAAUCCACUCUGCCCGUGGUCAUCGAUUGCACCCACAUCUAUGGAGCCGAUUUCACCGCCGCCAAGGUUAUUUCCACCAUGGUCAUGGACUUUGAGCAGCGCCAUCAGCCCCUGUUCUUCUACAAUCUGCAGCCUCGUGUGGCGCAGGUCUUCGAAGGCCUCAACAAGGAUCUGGUGGUGAUAUACGACAUCACCACACUCCACGCCAAACUGGCGGAGAAGACGCCCAUCUAGAAGAGAGUUUCCCAUGGGUUCUGUCCGUGAUCAACGCUACAACCUCGACAUACGAUAGUUUAAGACUCGCCCUAAGUCUCUGUGUUAGCUUAGUCUCUGUUUUAGCUUAGUUUAGUUAGUUUGCCAGCGAGGCCAGCGACUCAAUCGCAAGGCAAGGGCGGUCGGCCCACGCACAUCGCCUUAGUUGAAAGUACCAUUCCAUGUGGCUAGCUCACUUAAUUAGCAUUUAAGUUGCGGAUACCGCAGAUAUCUGCACAUAUUUAUUCGGUCUCUGACGAAACAGUUUGAAUUUCGCUGAGCGAACUACCAGAGUCAGAGCUUAAGUCAAAAUCAGCUCCCACCCGCGAUAUUGCCGCCGUGCUUAGUAUUAUUAUGUGUGAAUAGCGAACUAAAAGUAUUAGCUUAACUACUUAAAUAAAUCAAGUAAAUAUGAUAAGUGAAAA